AUGAGGAAAGCGCUGAGUAAGACCUACUUCGUUCCUGCCUUCAUCGUGGAUGUGGUCAGUGCGUAUGAAUGUGACGGCUCACUUUUGAGAUUUUCUUUUUUCUCCUUACACUUAAAUUCGCACCAUAAAAUCAACCGAUAUGGAUGGCUUUUCUACGCCAUGUUGGUCAUAUUGAGUGCUAGAGGAGAAUGGAUUUACCUCUGUCAUUGUUUCCUUUUGGAGCCAGACCGCGUUCGCAUGGUUUUCGUUGACUGGUGA